CCUGUGUCUCCACCGCCGGCACCGGCCGACCAUGGCGACGCCGUGGGGCGGCGAUCUCGUCAUCAUCUGUAUCUUCCUUGCCAUAGCGGCGCCGCUCACCACAGCGAUCGGCGUGAACUACGGGACCAAGGGUGACAACCUCCCACCGCCGGCGACGGUGGCGGCUUUCCUCGCGAACCGUACCAUCAUCGACCGCGUGAAGCUGUUCGACAACAACCCGGACAUCGUCCGUGCCUUCGCCGGCACGGGCAUCUCGGUCAUGGUGACGGCUGCCAACGGCGACAUCCCCAGCCUGGCCACCAAGGAGGGCGCCGCCGCGUGGGUCGCGGCCAACGUGGCGCCCUACUACCCCGCGACGGAGAUCUCCCUGGUGGCCGUCGGCAACGAGAUCAUGGACACGGCCGACCAGAACCUCAUCGGCAACCUGGUCCCGGCCAUGCGGACGCUCAAGGCAGCGCUGGUCGCCGCAGGCUACCGCCGGAUCCGCGUCUCGACGCCGAGCUCGCUCGGCAUCCUGGUAGACUCCCAGCCGCCGUCCGCGACUCGGUUCCGCGACGGCUGGGACGCGGCCGUCUUCGCCCCGAUGCUCCAGUUCCUCCGGAGGACCAGCUCGCCGCUCGUGGUGAACGCGUACCCGUACUUCGGCUACAACGGCGACACGCUGCCGUACGCGCUGGCGCGGCCGAACCCCGGCGUGCGGGACGCCGGCACGGGCAUCACGUACACGAGCAUGUUCCAGGCGCAGCUGGACUCGGUGUACUCGGCGAUGAAGAAGCUCGGGUUCGAGGACGUGGAGAUCCUCGUCGGGGAAACCGGGUGGCCGACCAAGGCCAUGGACGGGCAGAUCGGCGUGAGCCCGGCCGAGGCGGCGGAGUACAUCCGGUACCUCAUCGGCGAGGUCGGCUCCGGGUCGGGCACGCCGCUCAUGCCCAAGCGGACGUUCGAGACCUACAUCUUCGCGCUCUUCAACGAGGACCUCAAGCCCGGGCCCGUCGCCGAGCGCAACUUCGGGAUGUUCCAGCCGGACUUGACGCCCAUGUACGACGUCGGCAUCAUGAAGAAAGACACGGUCAAGACAGCACCCGCGCAUGACUCGAACGGGUCCAGCAGCGCGGCAGCAUCAGCGCCUGCGCCGACAGAGGAUAGAUCGAGCGGCGGCGCGACCUCCUCUCCGGCUCCAUCCGAGGACGAAUCAACCCAUGAGACACUGGAGGAGGCAGAAGGAGGGGAGGCUCCGUCGUCACCCAAGAGCGAGCCGGCGAAUGACAGCUCGUCCGAGGCAGCUGCCGAGGGUGGUGACAACGACAAAGGAAGUAGUGAGAAAACAAAUCCUGAAGAAGGCGGUGCAACGCAACCGCCGUCUGGAGCUGCUUCGAAAGCAACCACAUUUAUAUUCCACGUCUCUUGGGUCCUUGCAGUUGCACUGCCUCUGGUUAUGCGUGUAUAGAUUCCAUCAAUUUCAAUCAUGUUAAUACUUUAGAGGGUAUGUUGCAUUUAAGAAAAACGGGGGCAGAGCCUCAAUCUUUCAGUUGAAAUAA